CCAUUGCUGCAACAGGACAUUUCCACGCUAUACCUGCAUAGCUUAUAACACCUCAGAUAUAUGGCAAUAAGCACUAUACAUGGCCUCCUGACAGCAGUGACGCUAUUGACUAUUUCCAACUGACCAGAUAAAAGCCUUGGCCUGUAUCCCCUCAAAUUCCCCAUAUAUGACUACGCGAUGGCCAGGUCAAUCCGAUCAAGUACUACAAAAGGCAGAAGCAAGGGGACCAGUGUCAGAAAGACACAGACUUUCAAGAGAACGAAUCAGCAAUCGAAAGCCAUAUCGCAACAACUUCCAGCUGUCGCACAGAAAGUAACCCGAUCAUCUGCACGCCUCGCCGCACGGACACAGCCUGUCCAGCCUCGUCACAAAGCUGCCACUGUAGCUCAUGAUCAGGUGCUCCAAUCAAAUCCUACAGAGGAUGGCAAGAAAAACCUUUCCAACUUUAUUCCUGCCUCUACGCUUGCUAGGCAACUGAGUGUAGUUGACAUCAGCAAACCUAGAACGGCGAGCCUGGACAUCCCUGAGCAAGGAGGUUAUGAUGAUCGCGGGUUCUGGCGGGAGUCACCUUCCACAGCAGAGCAUAGCAUCCUUCCACAGCAAGGCCCAAAAACCGGUAAAAAUGCAGUCAAAUCUCACGUGACUGUCACUACUGCCACUCCAAUGAUUGGUUCAUAUAAGAGACGGCACCUCUCUCUACCAUCGUCGUCAUCAUCUUCUUCAGCUUCCCUACCAGCCACAGAUCUAAGGACUCCUCAUUUGCAAAACCUCGUCAACAACAAAGGCACUAAUGGUUGCAAAGAUAAUCAUUUUUUUAGGACCCAAGGCUACACUCCACCUUCCGGAGCUAUUGGAGACCUAUUUCGCAUCAAAAGUCUUGCGCUACCGACACAGUCUCUAUCACAUGCCGGCGUCUUUAAACCUCCAAAUUGCAUCGCAGCUCACCAAGGGCCAAUGGUUGUCCCCAUCAGCUCUUCAACCCAAACGGCUGACACUUCUGAGACUGGUCAUCAAGUUGAAGAACUGAGCUAUGAAGAUGAGCCGUCGCCUGUAAAACGCCCUAUCACUCGGCGAUCGCGCAUUCGGCCGGUUGAAGGUAAACUUUAUAUGAUUAGCGACGGCGAGGGUGAGGAGGAAAUACAAGAGCAAGAAAGAGAAGAAGGUGACGGUAAUUUACAACCGAUCCAACCCCUCGACCUUGACCUAUCAGGAAGCGUAUCCUCGUCUAGUAAAUGGCGUGAUCCUUUCUCUUAUAUCCCGGCAGCAAAUACUCAGUCGGCUGCACCUUUAAGAUCACAUCGUCGAAGCCAAAUUCGGCCUUCACUCAACACUCCUUCAGAGCUCGUGGCACAUAAUACUACAGUGGAUGAGGAGUCGCCUUCCCAGAUUAAAGUCGACCGCGUUGAAAAAACGUCAGAGAUCCUCUUACGCAAUGCAUCGACUUCUGUUGUUAAGGCCACGCCAAUGCUAGGAAAAAGAAUUUAUGGGAAGGGCAGGUCACAUAUAUAUAAAGUUGGUUUGCCCGAUCCAGUUUCUAACGGACAGGCAGCAAACCUCACGCCUCCUGCCCAUUCACCUUCCACUCACAGUCCUUCUGCUAUUGGCCUGUUGAGAAAAGAAAGUGUGCAGAAUGACAUCAAAGUACCGGAAUCACUCAAUAAAGCCCCUGAUCGUCCGGCAGUUAACCAUCCGGAAGAAGGAGAAGAUGAACUUUGGAGUGAUGACUGGCCCGGCGAUUUGGAAGAAAGCCCCACCAAGCGCGGUCCGCUUCGGCCGGUAACUAUGGUUUUAGGAAAUAGAUCGCCUCGCAAACGUGUUGGCGAAAGUGAUAGCGAGUGUAUCUCUGACGCAAAUAAUUAUGCGAAGAAAAAGCAAAAGGCCGAGUUUUCCAACGAAACAGCAUCCUCCGCUGCCCAAGGCACUUCUAGGCUUCGAUUAUCUCGCAAUGACUCUGUUCAGAUUCGUGUGCAAAACUAUAUCCAAGUGGUGCAUUCUGUGCGCCCCAAGCGAUCCCGACGCAAUAUCUCGAGACGCAUCCGACCGCCUAUAGGAUACUCACUUAAACCCUUUGACGCUAUCCCAUUCUCCGAAUAUGUCAAGGAAUAUCGUAAGAACCCUGAUAUGACCCUUUUCCAGAUGCCUACUGGUCUCUUUUCCUCUGGGUGCUUUGCCAAACGACACGAGAGUAAGAAGGUUAGCGGUAAAUUUACAGGACGUAAAACACCUUUAGUGCUGGACCCAUCGCAAAAUGACCCACAUUGGGAGGACGAGAUCGUAUUCGAAUCUUCGACAAGGCCCCUUCAACGUGGGCGCAAGAAUAAUGGAAAGGCAGAAGUAUCGACAAAACGAAUCCCUAGAUUGAAUUUAAUCGCUGAUCCAAUCGGACACCAGCCCCAGUCCCAGCUACCACCUGGACGAUUGUCUCAACGAAAACGACGACAGUCCGUCGACGAUGCAUGCCGAAAGGUUCUUAAUACCGGCCCCACGAAAGCAGGUCACGAGGGGAGGUUGGGGUCGAUAGAGUUUGAGAAGCUUGAAUCUCCAUCGCUCAUUUCUUCACCGUCAAGGAGAACUGUCAUCAAGGACACUGGCUAUUGGAAGAUUCUGCAACAAGACCAGCCCGCGAAACGUUUCAAUGCACCCAAAAAAUCAGUAUGGCCCAUUCAACUUCGACCACAGGAAAGUAUCAAGCAAUUCCCUUCGCCUGCUUUCGUAUCUGUCAAUCUAUCACUUUCCAUCUCUGGUGAUUCGACCCAAGAACGCCAAUCUCCUACAUCUCAGCGUUUGAACCCGGAGGACGAACUUGCCGACCGACGAAUGAUGAGUGGCACUGACACGACUAAUCAUCUUGUGGGCCGGCCCAAUUCACAUAGUAUCCAGAGCAGGAAGGAAAGACAAGCAGCGAGGGAAAAGAGGGUUAAGGAAAAAAGAGAAGCUCUAAGAAGAGAGGAGGAGAAUGGUGCAGAUGCUGCGGUAGAUGAAGACGUCCAACGACCGUUUCAGAAGAAAUCAGCCCCUGUCACACGAAAUCAGUCGUACGUGAUUGUCCCUUCCUCUCAUGCCAAACCUUCAGAUACACAAGGUACAACACCCUCUCGUCGCGCUGUUGCGAUACCAGACCCUUCCCGAGUUCUUGUCCGGUCAUCAACCCAAGUCAGGCCCCUUUCUGCGUACCCGACACCGUCCCGCAUCGGCCUCAUGCGUAGGAACAGCAUGCUGCCUUCUCCUUCCCUCAAGAAGGAUCAUUCAGUUGCAGAGCUUCAACCCGUACGUCCUCAGCCUUCAAAUAUCAUUGUAACCCCUUCCAAACCUUUUGCAAUUCCUACUCAACGUAAUACCCAACACAAUACUCGAACAAGCUCUUGUACCCAAUCUUAUCCUCCGCUAGCUCAAGCAUCUCGUCAUCUGGGCACGCAAUACACACAAGUCUUGGAAAGGACAGAAGUUGACUCAUCUCAUACUCGUCCCACUCAGAACCUGGAAAGGACAGAAGUGGACUCUUCAUCUCAGCCCCGUCUCACCCAGGGACUUGAAAAGACAUGGAUAGGCUCCUCUCGACCUCAUUUCAGAGCCUUUUCCUCUGAAGCCGAGAAUGAGGAAGCGCAUGGAAUAAAUGACGCCCUCUUCUCACAAGGCACCCCGGAACGUUCCCCGAGCCCACCACCUGUGACCCAAGCACUUUCAAGGCUACGUAGUCGAUCCGCUGGAAGUAGAUCAAUUGGCCUAAGGGCAUUGCCGUCUCUGCAAAAGACGCCAGUAUCCCAACGGACGAGAUCACAGGGUACACAGAAAAGCGGUUUAUAUUCACAGUUUCGUUCCCCUCUGAAGAACGCAGCUGGAACAUCACGCAGGACGGGCAUACCGAGUUAAGGAAGUGUCAGAGAUGCAAGAGUAAAGACGCAUGUUUGGAAAUUUCAAAGAAGCCGUCUCGUAUCAACCAAUAGUGGCAGCCCUCUCAAGGGCGACGAUGACCUGCUUAUCAUAUCAUAUGUC